UUUAUUGAAUAAAUAUCUUAAAUAGUGUAUUAUUUUAAUUAUAUGUAUUUCACAAGUUCACUUUGAGAAAGAAAGGCAACAAGAAUAAAAGAAAAGAAAAAUAAAAAAAGAGCCACUUUAGUUGGGAUGCAAAGAAAAGAAGAAAUACAUAAAGGACUUGUUGUGGGUGCUCACGUGAGCUUGUGGAAAACAAAAGAGCAAACUCAUAUUUUCUUCCUCCUCAUUUCCUUUUUUCAAUGUACAGAGCAACAGAAAAUAGGAAAUUUCCUAUUUUCUAAUUCCAUGAUCAAGUAGGAAGGGAAAAGGAAAAUUGUUCCUUUGAUUCAAGAUUCUUCAACGAAUUCAAGAGUCUAAUAUAGGGAAUAUGGAGCAUAUGAAAUUAUUUCUUUCCAUCUCUACAAAGAAUUUCCCUAAAAUUGAUAAUUGGGGAUUUCUCAAUCGGGUAUAUAAAUUCCUAAUUUCUACCGCAAGAACACACACAAACAGAGCAAUAGAAAUUUAGAGUUGUGAAAGCAAGGUAGUAAUACAAGGAGAUCUGAGGCUAAGAGAUUGAGGAGUAUUGCAAGAGAGUUGUCGACAUUUUUGGAGAAUCACGUGCAGCGUUUGCCUUAGUACAUGAAAACACGCUUACGUCGUGAACAAUUGCUAUUUGAUCCAGAAAUAGAGCGGACAACUAGAAAAACAAGGAAAUAAUUCUUACAAAAACAACUAGAAGAAUGUCUUUAUCUUGAGAACUUAUUCAAAGAUGGAGAAGAGAUGGGUGAUGAAAGAACCUUGAAGGAGCUAGCUGCACCUAAACUGGUUGAUGAACCACUUGGCAUUGUUUUUCCAUCCAUGGAGAAACCUCUAAAGUUAAACUCAGGUUUUUCUCAACCUUGUACCAAGAUUCUAUGGCCAUGGAGGUGAGGAUCCAAAUCGAUUUCUUAAAGAAUUUUUGGUUGUGUGUUCUUCUAUGAAACCAUAAGGUAAUCCUAAUCAUGUCAAUAUACAUUCUUUUCCAUUUUCAUUGUUUGACAUAGCUAAAGAUUGGUUGUAUUCCCUUCAAUCUGGAUCAAUUACUACGUGGGAUGCACUACAAAAAGCUUUUCUAGAAAAUUUCUUCCCUGCUAGUAGAAUUAGAUCCAUUACGAAGGAGAUUUGUGGUGUCAAACAACAUUCUAAUGAAUCAUUAUAUAAAUAUUGGAAAUGUUUUAAGAGACUUUGUGCUUCUUCCCCCCAACAUAAUAUUAGUGACCAACUUCUUAUCGAAUUAUGAGGGUCUUUUGGGUAACAAUAAAAAUAUGAUUGAUGCGGCUAGUGGGGGUGUUUUAGUUGAUAAAACACCUACACAAGCUAGACAUUAAUUAGUAACAUGGCCCAAAAUGCUCGACAAUUUGGGUCACGUAACGAUGUGAAAAUAGUAAAUGAAAUUGAGUUAACUUCUGUUAAAAGUCAGUUACAGGAAAAUGCACAACAAAUAGCCACCCUCACUACAUUGAUGUCUAAGUUUGUUGGGAAUGAAUCUAAGGCUAAAGUUUAUGGUAUUUGUUUUGAUUUUUCUCACAAUACUAAUGCUUGUCCUACAGUGCAAUUUGAAAAUGUGAAUGCAUUAGGAGGUUUUUCUGGUCAACCCCAAAGAAAAUAUGACCCCUUUUCACCAACUUCUAUUGAAGGUUGGAGAGACCAUCUGAACUUAAGAUAUGGACAUAGACCUCAGUUUAGUCAAGGUAAUUCUCGACCUUUUAUUCAUCAAAACCCUCAACCUCAACCUUCUAGCUCUUCCUUAGAAGACUUAGUGAAGCAACUUACCACCCAAAUUGGCCAAGUAAAUAAUCAGAAUGUUGAGUAUCAAAAGAAAACUGAUUCCCAUCUCCAACAACUUGACACCCAUAUUGGUCAAAUUUGUACUUCUUUAAGUAAUAUAGAAAAUCAUGUGUUAGGCGAACUACCAUAUCAACCUUUGCAGAAUCCAAGUAAAAAAGUUAACGCAAUCUCACUAGAAAGAAGAACCACAAUGGAUGAGCCUUUAGGAAAUUUAAAUGAACAUGAAGAUGAUGACAUGCAGGGAAAUAGAAUUCCGUUAUUAGAUGCAAUAAAGUUGGUUCUUAAAUAUAGUAAACUCUUGAAUGACUUUCUCACUACAUCUAACAAACACAAAGGGGAAGAAGUUUUGAGACCUCGUAGUAUACCAACCCAAAAAUAUGAAGACGCUGGAUCAUUCUCAAUUUCGUGUAGGAUAGGUGAGACUAUUUUUUCGACAAUGCGUGUUAGAUUUAGGAUCCGCGGUAAAUGUUUUUCCCCUCUCUUUAUAUGACAUGUAUAAGAUGGGACCAGUAAGACUUCUAGUGAGAUCCUUAUUAUGGCUGAUGGUAGUAGUGUUUGUUCUAUCGGAUUAUUAGAGAACAUUCUUGUUCAAGUCAAGCACUUGUGCUUUCUGGUUGAUUUUAUUGUUAUCAAUGUAAUGCAUAAUUCUGAGAUUUUAUUAGGGAGACCAUUCUUAAAGACUUCAAAAGCAUUAAUUGACGUUGCUCACGAUUGUGUCACUCUUGAAAGCAAUGGAGAGAAACUUAAUUUGAAUGUAUUUGAACAGGAAGAUUCUGAUGUAGAGUCAGGUGCUACUAAUUAUGCUGCUUAUUGUCUUGCCCAGCUUCGACCGAAAAAUUUGGAGAUUUUACUAGAUGAGAUGGUGCACGAUGUCGGACUAGGGAACAUGUUGAUGAAUGCUCUAAAUGAAAUUAGUUUGUUCGAAUGAACAUAGAAAUACGUCGAGCCAACGACGUAAACUAAAGGCGCUACUUGGGAGGCAACCCAUGAUAUUUUGAUGGCGACAACCAUAGUGGGAGUCCUAUGCUACGCUUGCUGGUAAUCAAGACCUUUGGCCGCGCAUAUCAACACACACCACAUUACCUGGUCCAGUACACUAUUGACACCAGUACCAUAGCACAGUACCAAGGCAUUGUCCCCUACUCCCAUCUUUGUCAUAAAACCAGCUAAGUCUUCUCUUUCUUUCCUUCAUUUUGUAGGAAUCUAUAAGUACUAUAAAGCGGAAUUUCAUGAAUCAAAUUCAUAAGCACUUAAAUCAGGAUCAUAUGCAUAUACAAUUAAGGAUCACAUACAAGUUUAGAAAUAACUAUUGUAGCGUGAUUUCCACAAAGCUUGAAUAACCCGGAUUGAGAAUCUCAGAUGUUAUUCCUCUACUUAGUCCACCAACCCAGAUCAAAACUCCACCAAUGCUAGUUGGAAAGGAAGAAAACUUCUUCUUUGGUUUCUUGGAGUAUAACGUGACUUUUGAAGAGAGAGAAUAGGAGAGAGAAAAUAAUAAGAGAAUAAACUGAUUGUUUUCUUUUCUGCCUAACCCAAAUAUAUAAAAGUAUUUAGGUCAGAUUUCUCUCCUUUUCCCCUCUCUUGGCGGCCACCCUAGGGCCCUCUUGGGCUCUAGGUUUCUUUUGUUGAUCCAAGUUUAAUGUGUGACCUUGUAG